AUGCAUGGUGUUUCCGAAUCGCUUGCCCACCUUUGUUCCAUCGUUCCGAUAAUUUCAGUCCAAGAGUCGCCAACCAUGGCACCCACGCCUAUGCCUUCAGCGCUUACAUUCGAGCUCUUGGGGAAAUGCUCGAUCACCAAGGCUCGCGCGGCGACCCUUCACCUGCCCCACGGCCCGGUUCCGCUCCCCAUCUUCAUGCCGGUAGCCACUCAGGCUUCACUCAAAGGCCUCACCCCCGACCAACUGGAAGAUCAAGGCUGCCGAUUGUGCUUGAAUAACACCUACCAUCUACUCCAGCUGAUUUCGGACACCAGCUUCCAGAUGGUAUCUCUCCUGAAACUUGCGAAAGUCACUGAAGAGGGCGUACGAUUCCUGAGUCCCCACGACGGUUCCGAAAUGCUUCUGACACCUGAACAUUCCAUCUCCCUCCAAAACUCCAUCGGUUCCGAUAUCCUCAUGCAGCUAGACGAUGUUAUCGCAACUACAUCGCCCGACCUAGCAAGAAUGAGAGAAGCCAUGGAUCGGUCCGUUCGGUGGCUUGAUCGCUGUAUUGCAGCACACAAGUACCCAGAAAGGCAGAACCUCUUUUGUAUCAUCCAGGGUGGACUCGAUUUAGAUUUGAGGAGGCAGUGCACAGCGGAGAUGGUGGCGCGAGAUACACCGGGCAUUGCCAUAGGAGGAUUGUCUGGCGGCGAAGCAAAAGAUGAAUACUGCAAGGUUGUAGACACGUGUACUGGGCUAUUACCGGAGAAGAAACCCCGAUAUGUGAUGGGCGUGGGAUACCCAGAGGAUUUGGUUGUGUCGGUUGCUUUGGGCGCGGACAUGUUCGAUUGUGUCUGGCCCACCAGAACAGCACGUUUCGGCAAUGCUAUCACGGAUCGCGGUGUUCUCAACCUUCGCAACGCGGUAUACUCGGAGGAAUUUGUACCAAUUGAGGACGGUUGCCAGUGUACCUGCUGCCGAUCGAAAGACGACGGCGGGCUGGGCAUCACAAGAGCAUAUAUAUAUCAUGUCACAGCAAAGGAGACUGCAGGGGCUCAUCUCUUGACCAUGCAUAAUGUUUACUACCAGCUCAACCUCAUGAAGAGGGUUCGACAGGCCAUCUUAGACGAUCAGUAUCCAGCUUUCUUGCGAGGGUUUUUUGCGCGCCUUUAUAAUGGCGACAAGAGCAAGUAUCCGGAUUGGGCGGUGGGUGCGUUGAAGGGGGUUGGGGUUGAUCUGUUGAGCGAUUGA